GCGACACUCGACACUCUCCACACCGUGCCUUUCAUUAUGACCCCAAACCCUGGCUUGCACUAUCGUACAAACUGUUGAAGCAAUUAUCCAACCAUCAUCUCGUUGUACUUGGUACCUUUUUUCUAUAUCUUAUUGACGACCGUACCUACGUCGUUGGUCGAAUCAACAGAUACCAACAAAUCCGCAACACAUACUCUACCUAAGAGCAAACAUCUCCCGAAAUGCCUGGGGUAGCCACCUCAGAGCCACCUUCCGUUUCGCUCUCCUUCGCGAACAACUUCUGGGGCAAAGAUGACGCCGGCGUCGUUCCCCUCCUCGGCCGCAUGCAAAAUGCGAAGACUACCAUGGACGAGCUGAAAUCCUUCUACAGCGCCCGCGCCGCGCUCGAAGAAGAAUAUGCGCGGAAACUUCUGAGCUUGGCCCGGAAGCCGCUGGGGUCUAUGGAAGAAGGAACCCUGCGCAUGUCUCUCGACAUCGUGCGCGGGGAGAUCGAGGCGACAGGAAAAGCGCAUCACAACAUCGCCAGCAAGAUGAAGACGGAGCUCGAUGAACCGCUCGCGGCGUUUGGAGGCGCGGUGAAGGAGAGGCGGAAGAUUGUGCAGGGAGCCAUCGAGAAGUUGCUGAAGGUCAAGGUCCAGCAGACAAUAGCCGUCAACAAGUCCAGGGACCGGUAUGAACAGGAGAGCUUGAAGAUCAAAGGGUAUUUGGCCCAAGGACACAUGGUGAUGGGGCAAGAAGAGCGCAAGAACAAGGCGAAACUCGAGAAGACUCAAAUUCAACUGUCGACGACAAGCAACGAGUACGAAGCCUCAGUCAAUAUUCUCGAAGAAACAACCGGACGAUGGAACCGAGAUUGGAAGGCAGCAUGUGACAAAUUCCAAGACCUAGAGGAAGAGAGACUGGACUUCCUGAAGAGCAGUCUGUGGACCUUCGCCAACAUUGCUUCCACAGUCUGUGUCAGCGAUGAUGCGUCGUGUGAGAAGAUCCGGCUUUCCCUUGAAGAUUGCGAGGUCGAAAAGGACAUCGCUUCGUUCAUUAAGGAAUCCGGAACGGGCCAGGAGAUCCCUGAUCCGCCUAAGUUCAUCGACUUUUGCCGCGGGGACGUCGACGAUGCCUCCGAGCUAGCGGAAGAAGAUGAAUACUCGGUGGCUAACUUUCAGCGGACGAUCAAUCCCGCUUUCCGAAGCUCUUCGCCGCAGCCUUCGGUAUUGGAGUCUCACCAUGACCCUAAUUCUUCUCUCGCUCGAUAUUUUGGUCACGACUCCGCUCAGGCGCGAGAUCCAACUCCUGAGCGAACUCAACCACAGAUGCCUCAAUCGGCAAUGAGAGUCAAUAGCCGUGGCCAAGCCAUUGACGUCAACCAAUUUGGCGAUAUCCCCAAGAUUCCACACAAUGAGUAUCCGCCAGACGGGAUGACACAGUUCUGUCGAUCCGGUCCUACAGGAUCUGAUCUCAGCAGCGCGCGUCCCUCUUCACGAGACUCUCAUAGCGACUAUAGCAACCCAACCUCAUUCUCGAGCUUCGAACCCUCCAGCGGAGCACAGUCCCCCGUGAAGCAGCUCAAUCAGCUCAAUCAGGCCCCGCCAAGCCAGUCGCAAGCGGUACAGAAGAAGAAGUCCGGUUUCUUCCAUUCCGACAAGCCGAGCUUCUUCAACUCGCCAUUUGGCCGGCGCAACAAGGAGAACCAGAAGCAGGAAACCCCACGACAACCUGUAACGCGUAGCACAUGGGCGCCCAGUUCUCGGACUGGGCGGACGCCGACCCCAGAGCCGAUCACUCCGAAUACGCAAAAAACUCAGAUGGCCAUCGGCUCGAACAUCUUCGAUGUCGACGCCUCCCGAUCUUCCCGUGGUGCUAUCGCGACCAAAUCUCCCCAAGAAGACCUCGACCCCAUUGCCGCCGCCCUCGCCGAGCUCAAGAGCGUCGCAGGCAGCAAGCAAGCAUCCGACCGCGUCUCCGUAGAUCGAUAUGCUGGCCUACAGACUCCCGCGCCUCCCGGAGCCUCCGGCAUGACGCCAACGCCGCGGGCGAAUAAGAGCGACGCGCAUGCAGCCGCGCGGGGGACACCGCCCCCCAGCUACGAUCCGGGCAGCCGCCUCGGCGCGCCGCAGCCGGCGUUCACGAAACGCCAGAUGAUCGGCACGACGCAGAAGUUCGUGGAGCAGAAGGGCGCCAUGUUCAACAGCGCACCGAACAGCGCCGCGCGGCCGGGGUCGCGGGGUGCGGAUAUCCCACGCGCUACGAGCCCCGCUCCAAUGCGCGCAACGAGCCCGCGCCCACGGUAUCGGAAUAGCCGGUAUGGGUCUCCGCAGAACCAGAGCUUGAGCAAUAGUGUUGGAUCGAACCAGGGAGGGCCGCCGCGCAGGAGCACGAGUCCGAAUCCAUAUGCGAUGCCGCCUGGCGGCCAAAGUCAGCGGCCAAGGGCGCAGAGCUCGUCGCCGGUCAAGCCGAGAGAGGGGUACAAUAGCUGGGGAAGCCAAGGGCGGUACAGUGGUGCUCAGCCUGGACCGGAACACAGAUCUGCGAGUCCAAAUCCGUACGCACAACGUGGUCAAGGUGGGUAUGGUGGAAGCCCGGGGAGUCGAGGCGGCGAUGGGAUGGAGAUGACGUUAUCACACGGUGAUACUCCAGCAUAUGGACGAGGAGGGAUGGGUGGUCGACCGACCAGUUAUUAUGGCGGGCCGUCCACUGCACCACCAACUCAGGCGGUCGGCAGGGUGAGGAGUAAGAGUAUGGCAGAGAAGAGGGAUUACACGAGGGAAGGCAGGGCGAUUCUUCAUUAUGCGCGAGCCAUGUACAUGUAUCAGGCCGCCAUUCCUGAGGAGUUGUCGUUUGCUAAAGGCGACGUCUUGGCCGUCCUCCGACUUCAGGAUGACGGCUGGUGGGAGGCAGAGGUUAUGGGAAAGAAUGGUCGACCUGGCUUGGUACCCAGUAAUUACUUGCAAAACUGUUAGUUAUGGUCAGUUUGAACGGUAGCGGGUGUGGUUUUUGUCGCUUGAGGCUGGUUGGAUGCUCUGGGUAACGUCUGAUGGCCGUCGUAUUUCGAUGAACUAAGGGGGAUCUGGUCCUGAAGGCUACUUUCGUAAAUUUUCGCGUCUCUCGAUCUGUAUAUACUCAGCAGUGGGCUUGCGGCGUUGGGUCGUUUUUCGAUAGUUUAUUCCAUUGAAUUUGAGGCUUUCAUACCAUUAUG